UCCAGGCCGGGUUUUACAGGUGGCCCAGUUGUGAGCGUUUCAGGUGACUUAGGACAAGUACCCGCAGGACUGUCGCCCUAUAGCCGCUUUGGCUAUCGGUAACGCAAGGGGUGGCCAGCUCAAGGCUGGGUCCUGCAAAUCGGGCCAGCUCCGCUGUGGGUCCCGCCAGGCCAGACUUUGCCAUAGGGUGCCAGUGCAGACACACAGGCGUUGAUGGAACUGCAUCUGGAACCUCUGCUAGCCACAUUGGGCCUCCGGACCUUCGGUCUUUGACCUUGCCACUCAUCUACCCAGAGAGUCCGAGGAAGACAAAAACAAAAACAACUUGCUCCGGCUGGCGAGGCAGGUCAAGCGGUACUGUGCUUGCUCAACGGUAUUGUGCUUGCCCAACACGCACAACGCUCUGCCUUCAAUUCCCAGCACUGCCAUGAAUAAAUAAACAUAAGUAGAGUGUUCGUCUCUUUAAAAAACAAGUGUUCACUUAGGAAAACUAUUGAGAAGGCCGCAGAGUCUUAGAGAUUAAGAGCACAUACAGCUUUUUCACAAGGACCCAAGUUUGAUUCCCAGCACCCACGUAGGUGGGCUCACAACGCCUGCUAUUCCAGCUCCAAGGAACCCUACUCCUCUGGCCUCCCUGAGCACCGGCAUACACAUACAGUUAAUCUUUAAAAAGAAAAGUGAAUUAGGAUGACUGUCAAUCUCUAACACAUAAACUUGUCACGAUACUUUGAGGCAACAAUCAGGCUGGGUGCCAACUGGAAGGUGUGAGAAGAAACAUCUUCACUCAGGAUGCUCCUGUCCCUUUGAUCUGGGAGGGCAGGACGUGGUGGGAGGUCUGCCUAUCACCAGCCACCUCUCUAGGUUGCCCUGCUGCCGUCUCCCAGGAGCGGGGCACCUCACAUCGGGACGUGCCGGGGAUGCUUGCUUGUCCCGGGAAGCUCUGGGGUGCUGGUGAUGAAGCAAACAGUGGAUACGUGGGACAACAGUCCCAUCCUGCGGGUCUCUGAGCAUGCUCAGUGCUGUUGGGCAGCAGGCUCAGACUCGGAACCUGCUCAGUUCGGUGCUGGUCAAUCUUCUGGACGUGCUCCUGGAAGGGUGAACGGGUCUAGCGGGUGGCUUCUGCGCAUGUUCCGUGAGGUGCUGGCGGGGAUCCAGUAGGGUAGCCUCUGGGCAUGCUCAACACGGCCGGGCGGGAUCGAGGCGAGUAGCAUUUGCGCAUGCUCAGACUGGUCCUGUCCCGGCCGGAGCAAGCAGGGGGCGGGCAGAGGCGGAGCCCAGGCGCCCUUAUCCCGGGCGCGGGCGGCCGGAGUUCAGAGUGCGGGCCGCGGAGCGGGCAGCGCGGUCUCGGUAUGGGUCCGCGCGCUGGGCCUGCGCAGGCGAUGCCGCCCGGUCCUUCCUGACGCCUGACGCCGAGUGUCGCCGCCCCGAUGGCCGCCGAGCCCCCUGCGCUGCGCCUGCGGCCGCCGGGGAGCACCGGGGACAGCCCGCCAGUGCCGCGCCUGCUCGGAGGCUGCGUGCCGCUGUCGCAUCAGGUGGCUGGCCACAUGUACGGCAAGGACAAAGUGGGCAUACUCCAACACCCAGAUGGUACAGUUCUGAAGCAGCUACAGCCGCCGCCACGGGGCCCGAGAGAGCUGGAAUUUUAUACCAUGGUUUACGCUGCUGACUGUGCUGAUGCUGUUCUCCUGGAGCUGAGAAAACACCUGCCCAAGUACUACGGCGUCUGGUCCCCUCCCACCGCACCAAAUGAUGUAUACCUAAAACUGGAAGAUGUGACUCAUAAGUUUAAUAAGCCCUGCAUAAUGGAUGUGAAGAUAGGGCGGAAGAGCUAUGAUCCCUUUGCCUCGUCAGAGAAAAUCCAGCAGCAGGUCAGCAAGUACCCUCUGAUGGAGGAGAUCGGGUUCCUGGUGCUCGGCAUGAGGGUUUACCAUGUUCAUUCUGACAGCUAUGAGACACAAAACCAGCACUAUGGAAGGAGCCUAACAAAAGAGACGCUAAAGGAAGGUGUCUCCAAGUUUUUCCACAAUGGCUUCUGUUUAAGAAAAGACGCAGUUGCUGCCAGUAUUCAGAAGGUUGAGAAGAUUCUCCAGUGGUUUGAAAAUCAGAAGCAGCUUAACUUUUAUGCCAGCUCAUUACUGUUUGUUUAUGAAGGUUCAUCUCAGCCAGCUACUACAAAAUCAAACGAUAGAACUUUGGCGGGGAAGUUUCUCUCCAAAGGCCACCUGUCAGACGCAGACGUCCUGGAGUGCAAUAACAACUUUCACCUGUUCAGCUCCCCGGCCAAUGGGACAUCAGUAGGCAAAAGCUUAUCCAAGGUGUACGCCAGGCACAGAAAGCUGUACUCAAAAAAGCACCACAGUCAGACUUCACUGAAAGUGGAAACUCUGGAGCAAGACAACGGGUGGAAAAGCAUGUCCCAGGAACACUUAAACGGAAACGUACUCUCCCAACUGGAAAAGGUGUUCUAUCACCUUCCUGCAGGGCGCCAGGAGAUCACAGAUGUAGAAGUGCGGAUGAUAGACUUUGCCCACGUGUUCCCUAGCAACACAGUCGAUGAGGGGUAUGUUUACGGUCUGAAGCAUCUAGUUGCUGUCCUUCGGAGUAUUUUAGACAGUUGAGUCUCGCUGCAGUCUGUGAAGGAGUGGGCCGAUCACCGUGGAGAGCCGCAGGCAUCAGCUGGGCCCCUGUAAUGCUCUGUAAAAAGUUUGUAUUGUGAGUCAACGUUUUAUUUGUCUUUAUACUUUUGGUAGAAGGUUAACUUUUUUAUAUUCUUACUCAGGAAUACUAAUUUGUUCAUUAGAAAACUAUGAAGAAUAAAGAAACAGGAAUGUCGAGCAGGGAAUGUGUGGGACAGGGAGUAAAUAGCUGUAACAUGUUUGCAAACCAUUACUCAGCCAUUCAGAGUUCAUGUAGCUUUCUGUAGCCAGUCACCAUGGAAUCUCUGUCCACUCAGCCUUGCCGGUGAGCUGUAUCUAAACUAUGACAUUGCCAGACCACCUUAAGAUCUAGAAAACGCAGGUUGUGUUCAUCAGGACCAGUGUGCCCGAGCUCCCUAAAACUGGAGAACAUUUGACACGGAGAUGAGGUUGUGUGGGCUCCAUGUUAAAAGCAGAGAGCAGGGCUGGGUGGUGGUGGUGCACGCCUUUAAUCCUCAGGAGGCAGAGGCAGUUGGAUCUCUGAGUUCUAGGCCAGCCUGGUCUACAGAGCGAGUUCCAGGACAGGCUCCAAAGCUACACAGAGAAACCCUGUCUCGAAAAACAAAACAAAAAACAAACAAACAAAAAAAAAAACAGAGAGCAGUGGAUGAAAGGUGCUUAACCCGGCGUGGUCCACCCUUGGGGUUCCCUGCGGGGUCCCCUGCAGUUCCUUCUCUGUGCUCUGCGCUGUGCCUCAUGGGAAAGGUGAGUGAGGCACUGGCUGGCAACAGUCUUGGAAUUAAUAGCACAAAUUUUUCCUCCCUAGGGUCAGGAGAAGAGAGGCUAUUUGUAAAGAACAAAUUACUUUUUUUUUUUCCCUCAAGGAUUUCAUUUUUGGAAAAGUCUUCAUUUACUCGGUUGUGAAAAGUGCGAUGCUUUUUAUUACCAUUCUGAGGCUUUGGAAAGGUGCAUGGUGGAAACUUAGUUUUGUUUCUUCUUUAAACAAUUUUUGAGACCCUUUUCCAUUUAAAAAAAAUCUAUUUUUUUUUUUAAAUGUAUCCCUAUUUACUUUCGAGCCUUAGCAUAAACACAUUUCUCAGAAUCUGGUUAAGCAGUGACAGAAUGCCGUUCCUGGUGUAGAUCGGAAUCCUGUGUAGGUUUCCCGUCCGUGGCAUCUAACAGAGAUAUCAUAGUUUAAUUUCACUCAGAACGAGGGCAGGAAGAUUUUCCUUGAAGAAAUAGAUUUAUAAGUGUUAUGUUUAUUUUACAGCUACCACCCUUUUCAAAUUAACUAGUUAUUUAUCAGUAAAAUUGAAAUUAAACUCUCAAAUCCUUUUGCUGUCAAUACUGUAAUAAUGGCUUGCACUUUGACUUACCGGUGUAUUACAAUAAUUGAACAGCUUGACGUUUCUGAAAAAUAUUUUUGAGUUGUGACUUUACCUUUUUU